GCGUUCCCGUCGCCAUUAAAGGUGCGGUUCUGAAGACAGGUGCUUCACCUUCUCAGCUCACACAAGGAUUUAAAGUCACUUUGUUUUUCUCGGGAAACUUCUUUUUUCUUCACUUUUGGAGGGUUUUAGUUACAUUAAACCUUAAAAAAAAGUUUUUUUUUAAAUCUUUUUGAAGCACUUUUAAGGACAAAAACUAGGGAUUUUUUUUUAAAAGAAAACAAAAAAACAUAGAGAUGGCGAAUAAAGGGCUGCAGUUGUUGGGGUUUAUUCUGUCUGUGAUCGGACUCAUUGGGCUCAUAGCUGGCACCAUCAUGCCCCAGUGGCAAAUGUCGGCCUACGUGGGCGAUAACAUCAUCACCGCCGUGGCCAUGUACCAGGGCCUGUGGAUGUCCUGCGCCUACCAGAGCACCGGGCAAAUGCAGUGCAAAAUCUACGACUCCAUGCUGCAGCUCAACGGUGCUCUCCAGGCCACUCGUGCUCUGAUGAUUAUCAGUAUCCUCCUGACCGUGAUCGGACUGGGCGUGGCCUCUAUGGGCAUGAAGUGCACUAACUGUGGCGGCGAUGACAAAGUGAAAAAAUCUCGCAUUGCCAUGGUCGGAGGAAUCGUCCUGCUGCUGGGAGCUCUGUGUUCCAUAGCCGCAUGCUCGUAUUUCUCCUACCAGAUUAUUCAGGAUUUCUACAGUCCCUUCACUCCGGUCAACACAAAGUAUGAGUUCGGCGGUGCAAUUUUCGUCGCCUGGGCCGGAACGUUCCUCACCGUAUUUGGCGGCGCUUUGCUAGCUGCGUCCUGCUCCAAACGCCAGACUUCCACCCGGGCGUACCCAAAGUCCCGACCCCCAAGCAGCUCUAAGGAGUACGUCUGAGUGCCAGGCUCACGUCCGCUUAGAACCAGAUCAACAACGGCAGCGAGCUGGUGGACGUUUUCCUGAGUGGCUGAGCUGAGAGCAGUGUGCAGUUUAUUUAACGCAAACCUUUCAGAGAUCAGUACAUCAGGGCGACUUCUACAGCUGGCCUGCGGCGACGCGUUACAUUUUUCAGUCGUACUCGUUUCUUCCAUUGUUAAUGGUGCCUUUUGUCCUGUUUUUAUUUUGCUCUUGCUGUAAAGUUUGUAUUCCUAACACAACACACCCCAUCUGUAAAUCCAUGCUGUUAUACAGAAGGAUGAUUUGAGGCGGAGUGAUUUUUCUCUCUGAAGUAUACUGAAGCACGACACACUCAGGGAUAAACGUCUAUCUCUGUUUUCUAGAUAAAAUCCUUAAUCACGGUGAACAAAAUGUCUUCCAUCUUUUCCCCAAUGAUGGCAUAUAUAUUAAUAUUAUAUUUUUUAGUUUAAACACUAACUACAUCCCUUUACAUCUCCAUCUUGCGCUUUUUUUUUUACUUUCAGUCCUUGAGAAAUGAAGUGAGCUAAGCAUCAGUUUUCCCACCUUCCACGCCCAGCGUUCUGUUUUUCGAGCUUUGCCGUUGAUCCUGCAGAUCUCAUGACUUUAUUCUCAGCCCAAAAGUAAAUAUUAACCUUUAUUUUAUAAACCGUGUCCUCUUCUUCACCUCUUCCACAUCACAUUCCUGCCAUUCUUUCUUCCCCAAAAAUGUCUUUUUUUUAAACCCCAGAUAACGCUUUGUGUGUGCACUGUUUUGUUUUUCUCUUAAAAAUAAAAGGAAAAAAAGUUUCAACUUUGAGGAGAAAUAGCUGUAGAUACUGUUUAUCAUCUUAGAAAUUCACUUUUUUUAUUGUAAUUUUAUGCAAAUUUUAUGUAAAUAAACAGGAAAUUGUGAACGUUG